GUGACCGUCACUAUUUUCAACAGCAUUCGGACAUCCACGGUCACCGCAAAAACCCCGUUUUACAGCACCGGCUCUGCUCAUCCAUGAAAAGCAACACUUUAUGCAAAAGGCACGAUUUCGUCGAAUAUUCGGAGAAGGAGAUUAUCCCGUUUACACUGAGGAACAAUUGGCUUUGAUCGUUGACGAAUUGCCAUUUAUUCUCGAGUUUUUUGAACAGUUACUAAAGAAACUGCAGUCAUGCCAAUCCGUUGAUGAAUGUGCUGCAAAGUACUCGUAUAUUGGUCCCAUGCUCACGCGAGCCACUAUGCACCCGUUUAUCAGCUAUUCCAGUGACAUGGUUCGUUUACUCGUCGCGUGUUUGAUGGAAUAUACCAAAUUCAAUACGACCACAAAUACAGCGUCAAAAACACAGCAGAAAGCCUGCCUAUGGUGUCUGCAGCGACUAAGAUGUCUGUUCAGCAGGUCAGGCGUUGCAAGAGAUCAACAAUUGAUACACCCAUCAACGAUUGCGGAUUCUACCCUACAGCAAGUCCACAACGUACAAAUGAUGCUAAACACCCUGACAGAGGAUGAAAAUUGCGCACCGAACGUUAUUCGUCAAUUACUAGAUACUUGUUUAUUUCUGGACGAUGAACAAGCUGCAGGUGUAUUAAUCGACCAGCUAGUCAUUUACGCGCUCGAACUCAUGGAUCGCACUUUGGAUGACCCAGUCACGCCACGAAAGGAACCAAGUUGUCAACAUCUUUCAUCAUCAGCAAUCGUAUCAUCACCCCCUAUAUCAAAGCAGUUUAUCGACCAGUUAGUGAUGUCGGCAGCGAAUCGUAGGAAUCUGUUAUGGCAACGAUAUCAAUCUUGGCCUGUCGAGCUGAAAAGGAGGUUGUGGAGGCGAUUUGACGAUCUUUUAGCUAUGGAACUAAUGGAUAUCAUUGAGCAUGCCAUUAUCGAAACAGACUAUAUAUCCCUCGACCAUCUCUAUGUACAUAUUUCCAACAAUUCCUUCGUACAACAACUUGAACAUCAACCACACUUAUCCGAAAAAGUAUUUUCUAUCGCGACGAAUUGGACAGUGGAAAUCGAGGAUUGGAGAACUAUACGAUUUUGUCAAUGUCUCUACAAGGUUCUCCAACAGUAUGAUGCGAAAUUUGACGAAUCAAAAUCCACUUCAACACCGAUCAGACAUAUACCCAAUGAUCUAGCUCCACUGCUUGAUCUUUUAGAUCUUAUAUCGAUGAAGGACCAUUCUUUCGGCCAAAUCUGCGCGAAUAUUCACAAAUGGUCGAAGUGCUACAUUUAUACCGCCCGAUUUGAUGAAAUCACCCCGCGACUUAACACUGUGUGGGCAACCAUCAUGCUUUUUCCAACGUUUAUUCAGUCCUGUACUCUUUACUUGAUAAACUGGUGUAUGAACUCGACGGCUUCGUGGGAGCAAGAUGAACACAACACACUGCGACUGCUCGCCUGGUUGAUGUAUCCCUCGGAUGAUUUCAGUUUGCAGCGAGCAAUGAAUGAUAUUAAAAGUUGGCUAUUUUCCCUAAAAAAUAAUCAGCAUCCUAGUUUGGCAGAUACCAUCGAUAUGUUUAUGAUGGUUCAUCACGAUCUGUUUGCGGGCAAUCUUGUUAUAUCCAUAUCCUUUUUGCUGUCAAUACUUGGACUCGCUUCUGAAUGGCCGGUGAAUAGCUGCUUUGUAUCGAUUGAUCGAUUUGUUGAGCUUCGUCAUGCGAUCAAAGAGGAGUUUCCCAAUAUGACGACACUUACAUUUAAUUCGCCUGCCAGUCAAACCACCGAAGGAAUACCCAAACAGCAGCAGUCGUACCAUCCGGCAAGCCUAUAUUUACUUUUAGACAUCCUAGACCGGUAUGUGUCUGAAAAGGGCUUGCUCCUUCCAUUUGGUUCUGUAGCGGACAGAUUUCUACUCUUCUUUGAUCAUGUAAAUAAUAUAGUCCAACAACAAUCCUCCUAACUUACAUAGCAUGUAUUUUUUAAUAUUAUAAAAUGGAGAUCCUACUCACCUUUUUAAACAAGAUUAAUAGUUUUGAAUAGAG